AUGAGCAGUGAGACUGUCACACGCGUGGAGGCGCCGCUAGCGGAUCAGCAUGACAGCAAUCUUGUGGAAAUCGAAAAACUGUGCAUCUCCCCUGUCCGUCACGGCAUAUCUGAAGCUGAUUGUGGUCACAGCCAAAACGACAUCGAUUCAAAGACGGAUUCAACAUACGAUUGGACCUAUGAGCAUGGUCGCCGCUAUGCAUCUGCUAAGAUUGGCCAUUAUUACAUGCCCAACGACGAGCCGGAAAUACAUCGACUCAAUGAGCAACACUGGAUCUUGACACAGGUGAAGGGCGGUCUUCUCCACCAUGCGCCCAUCUCCGGCAAAGCGCAUAUGAAGAUUCUCGAUGUGGGGUGUGGCAGUGGAAUAUGGUGCCUCGACAUGGCUGAGACCUAUCCUGAAGCCCAGAUCUUUGGUAUGGACAUCAGUCCGAUCCAGUCGUACAAGAAGCCCGCAAACGUAGAGUGGUUUGUGCACGACUUGGAGCAGGAAUGGCCAUUCCCAGAAGGCUACUUUGAUUUGAUUCAUCUUAGCUUGGUGCAUGGAUGCGUAGCAGAUUGGCACAAGACGAUCGGGAUGAUGAUGAAGCAUCUCGUUCCAGGCGGGUGGAUAGAGCAGCAGGAGUUUUCACUCUGCCGACAGUACCAAGUUGACAUCGAGGGCAAGCCCAUCCCUAUGUCUGAUAAUCUCGAUGAGCUAUCGCCCUUCUUCAGGUGGUCCCGCUUGAUGGAAGAGGCUGGAGAGAUGCGUGGUCGACCUUUGCAACUGGGGCCUCGCCUUUCCACUUUCCAGCGUGAGGCAGGUUUGCAAAAUGUGACAGAGGCUGUCUUCCCGCACAAAUGGGGCACGUGGCCGACUGAUCCUACAGAGAAGAACCUCGGCGCCCGGACGAUGCUUUCAGCUAUAUCAGGCAUGGAAGGCUUCACGACCACGGUCUUCACAAAAGUGUUGGGCUGGAGUUUACAGGGCACCCAAGCCUUCAUCUUGCAGAUCAAAGACGACAUGCGGGACGACAGCAUAAGAAAGGUCAUGGAUCUUCAUGUUGUGUAUGGUCAGAAGAGUGCUGACAGGGAGAGUGGCACACCUCAACCUUUGAACAAAAUUCGGAGCACGAACUCCGGAACAUUGUUCGGAAUGGGCGUAUUGGUCGGCGUCGCAGCUGCCACCGUGCUCUCUUUCUGCAUCAGGCGCAGCAGAUAA